CACCAUCUUGGUUUCAGAGAGGAUUAAUAACCACGUGAGGUUCAGUAAAUGUUGUUCCUUAAUAACCUGAUGAGUGAUGACGUCACACCGGAGGACACGACACUACAGGAAGCUGCAGGUGUUACCGUGGAGGCCUGCAGAGAGCCGUGGUGUGAUGUGACGGCGGCGUUGACUCAGAGCGCCGAUGACCCAGAUCUGAUCCAGACCUGAUAGAAGAAGUCAGGCUGGUGAUGCUGAGUGCUGAUUGGCUGAUCCUUUCGGUGCCGCCCCCUCAGAUAAGACGGAUAAAUAACGCUGCAGACGCCUCCGAGCCUCAGAUGUCUGUCUGUGUCCAUCUCUCUGUCUCCUCUCUGCAGGAAACACCAGGUCAGAGGUCACAGAAACUUUAUUUCCCACACUGUCCUUUAGGACCUUUAAGCACCACCAGAAAAGCCUUUUUUACUGACUGAAAGCUGAGCGUGUGAACGCACCGCUGAGGCAGGUUUUUAUUUGAUAGUUUUGUUGGAUUUGUGAGACUCACUGAUCUGAGAUCAGGUUCAGGAUGGAGCUGAAGGACUUCAGUCUGACAGAUGAAUAUCACUUCAUCAGUCCACAGCGCCUCUUGGACUCCUCCUCCUCCUCCUCCUCCUCCUCCUCCUCCUCCUCGUGCCCCGCUGAUGAAGCUCAGUCUCCGGCCUCCUUCCUCCAUUCCUCCUCCCUCAGUCCCUCCUUCCCUCUGGACACCACGCCCGCUCUCAGCCCCUCACACCGGGCCUUCCUCCUCCCCAGCCCGGCCUCCUCCUCCUCCUCCUCCUCCUCCUCCUCCUACAGCCCCCUCUGUGGAGCGCCGGAGCCAGACUCCCCGACCGGAUCUAGUUCCAGCGGAGGAAGCGUCGGAGGCAGCACCGUGGUGUCGGAGGCUUCCGUGCGUUUCUCGAUGUCACAGACGGAUUCGUUUUCAGCACAGGUGGACUCCAUCCUGAGGGGCGACUACCUGACGGCGAUGGGUGCUGUGGGGCCCAAGAGGCUCUGCCUGGUGUGUGGCGACUUCGCCUCCGGGUAUCACUACGGCGUGGCGUCCUGCGAGGCCUGCAAGGCGUUCUUCAAGAGGACCAUCCAAGGUAACAUCGAGUACAGCUGUCCGGUGAUGAACGAGUGUGAGAUCACCAAGCGGAGGAGGAAAGCCUGUCAGGCCUGCCGCUUCCAGAAAUGUCUCCAGGCCGGGAUGAUGAGGGAGGGAGUUCGGAUGGACCGAGUGAGAGGAGGACGGCAGAAGUACAAGCGGCGGGUGGAGACGGGUCUGGGUUUAUACAGCAGAGCGCCGUACAGUCACCCCGUCAGCAGCAGAAACAAGGUGGUCUCCCACCUGCUGCUGACGGAGCCCGCCCCGCUGGCUGCCAAUCAGGAUGAUUCCACCAAUGACGGCAGCCUGCGGACCCUGCUGACCCUCUGUGACCUCCUGAACCGGGAGCUGCUGGUUCUGAUUGGCUGGGCCAAACAGAUUCCAGGUUUCUCCGGCCUCUCAUUGGUCGACCAGAUGUCGCUGCUGCAGAGCGGUUGGAUGGAGGCGCUGCUGGUGGGCGUGGCCUGGCGGUCGCAGGGCGCGGCUGGGGAGGAGCUUGUUUUCGCCGGGAACCUGCGGCUGGACGAGGCUCAGUGUCGAGCCGCGGGAUUGGCCGACCUGUACGAGGCGCUGCGUCACCUGACGGCGAAAUACCAGGCGAUGAACCUGAGCCCCGAAGAGGUCGUGACGCUGAAGGCCAUGGCUCUUGCUAACUCUGACGCCGACCCGGUGGACUGUCCUGACUCGGUGCAGCGGUUCCAGGACGGGCUCCACGAGGCGCUGCAGGAGUACGAGUCGUCCCGCAGAGAGCAGCGGCGGGCGGGUCGGCUGCUGAUGAGCCUCCCUCUGCUGCGACAGACCGCCGACCGCGCCGUGCAGGCCUUCCUGCGGCUGCACCGCCACCGCUGCGUCCCGCUCCACAAACUACUGCUGGAGAUGCUCGACGCCAAGGCCUGAACACGUGUCGUCGCUCUGAGACCGCCUUCAUCAUCAUCGUCAUCAUCCAUCGUCGUCUGAACCUGCUCAGAUUUACAUAAAGUUUGGAUUUUCAAUCUAUUUUUUUAAAACGAAAAUAUAUUUUUUUUAAUGUGAACUUUUUCUCAGAGUGUGAUGUGUUUUUCAGUGUGUGCUGGUUUACCUUAAAGGUGAGCUGGUUACCAUAGCAACAGCCAGGGAGGAGGAGGAUGACGACGACGACGAAGACGGACCAAUGUCAUUUUAACAUUGAGGGCUUUUAUUUUGUUGUCCAAAGACGAUUUAAUGUUGAAGACUUUUAUUUUGUUGAUCAAAAACAUGUUAACUUUGAGGACUUUUAUUUUUGUCAAUCAAAUAUGUUUUAACGUUGAGAACUUUUAUUUUGUUGAUCAAAUAUGUUUUAACGUUGAGAACUUU